AACAUGUAAUGAUGAUAAAAUAUGAUAAAUGAUGGUUCUCUUAACAUUUUUACCACCAAAUUUCAAAAGCCUACAAUUCGCUGCUCUUUCAAAUUUGUAUUAAUUUAUUGAAUUUAUGAAAUAAACGCGUGCACUGGAUAAUUUAGUGAGUGAUUAUUUAUCUUGUUGCAAAUUGCAAGAAUGAUUAAAUUUGACUAAGACCUUUGUGCAAAUGCACGUGCGUGUUGUGAAUUUCUUUAGGAUAGAAAAAAAUAUGGAGUCUACGACAAUUCGUAAAGCAUUGACAAUAAUUUUAUUAGUGUGUUUGUUGUUUGUUCUGGUUGUGUUCUGUGUUGUUUAUAUCUGGAGCGUUAAAUCAUCAAAUAAUGAACAGACAGUACGGAGUGAACAGUACAGUGAUAAACGUAACGCGGAGGACACGGAUACAACCACUGAGCAUUUACAUUCGCAUAACGAAGAUACAGAAGCUUCGACGACGACUAAUACGGUGAGGACGACAUUAGCAGCAACAACAACAGCAACAACAACACAACAAGCAUCAACAACUGAAUCAGGACCUAGCUAUCGGGUCAAACUGAGUGGUGGUCAGGAAGCAUCAAGUGGCAAGGUCCUGAUAGAGCACGAUGGCCAGACAGGAUUUGUCUGCAGUGAUCACUUUAGCCAUGCAGAUGCUAAAGUCGUCUGCAAAGAACUUGGCUUUAAAAAUGGCCUGGCUUAUAAUCUAAUGGCAUCGUUUCCAUACAGCCGUUACACAGAAGAUGAGCCGAUUCUUUCAAAUUUGAAUUGCAUCGGAAACGAGGUCAGACUAAAAGAUUGCAAUGGUUUCCGGUUGGAUAACGUAACUUCCUGUACGUGGUUUGCUGCGGCACUUUGCUACAAUAACAAGC